AUGAUUGCACUGACCCAGGGCAAAUGGAGUACACGCGAUGUUCAUGAUACCAAAUUUAAUGAGGAAAAGCUGUCGCUACAAUUUCGCACAGGACGUUUGGGCAUAUUUGGGUUGGCGCUAAAUCGCUACAGCAAUAUGCCGUAUCAGACUUGGGAAAUCAGGCCGGAUUUCAAAAGCCCUGGCAUGAUUUUCUUCUCCUUUACUGCCUCUAUUAUCAGCCUUGAUAUGAACAUCACUUCCACCGGUUAUUGUGUGAAUAAUUUUCAAGGAGGCAGCACACCUGCAAUUAGCGAGAUGCUAGGCAAGACCUUAUCCCUAGCCGAACUGAAAUCAACGCUCAUUGCCGCUGCCGUUGAUAUAUUUCCUGAACCCGACACUUUCUGCUACACUGAAGGCACUUGCGAGAAGAAUUUCGUCAUGGAAAUGCACUUGUAUGCGUGCAUCUCUACAUUGGUGCAGUCCCAUAACUUCAGUUGGUCCCGGUGGAAUCUCUUAGCGGGCAGCCGAACUAUUGUGUUGCUUAUGCGCGAAUUGAUCGAGGGCAAGAAAGUGCCCUACCAUUCCACCUUGCUGGUGACGCCUUUGAAGACUGCCAUAAUCGACUGUACCGAAGUUUCGCCAAGUUUCAAUUCAGCUGGCAUUGCUGGUAUGGACUACUACGCCGAUCUCUAUCAACUUUCACAGGUGUAUGCGCAACCCAGCAGUUUGCAAAAACAGCGGAAUAUGGAUCCGAUGUUGCGCGAAAAUGUGGCACGCAUUUUGAUGGCCAUAAGACCAUUAAGUUUUUGUUAA